GGCUGGGGUGGCCCGGGGGGAGGAUGGAGUAGUGUGCGGGUCUGGGCGGCUGCCGGCAGCGCCAUGGAGACUGUGCAGCUGAGAAACCCGCCGCGCCGGCAGCUGAAAAAGUUGGAUGAAGAUAGUUUAACUAAACAACCAGAAGAAGUGUUUGACGUCUUGGAGAAACUUGGAGAAGGGUCCUAUGGCAGUGUAUAUAAAGCUAUUCAUAAAGAGACCGGUCAGAUUGUUGCUAUUAAGCAAGUUCCUGUGGAGUCAGACCUGCAGGAAAUAAUCAAAGAAAUCUCCAUAAUGCAGCAAUGUGACAGCCCUCAUGUCGUCAAAUAUUAUGGCAGUUACUUUAAAAACACAGACUUGUGGAUCGUUAUGGAAUACUGUGGGACUGGUUCUGUGUCUGAUAUCAUUCGGUUACGCAACAAAACGUUAACAGAAGAUGAAAUAGCAACAAUAUUACAGUCAACACUUAAGGGACUAGAAUACCUUCAUUUUAUGAGAAAAAUCCACCGAGAUAUUAAGGCGGGGAAUAUUUUGCUAAAUACAGAAGGGCAUGCAAAACUUGCAGAUUUUGGAGUAGCAGGUCAACUCACAGAUACCAUGGCCAAGCGGAAUACAGUCAUAGGAACGCCAUUUUGGAUGGCUCCAGAAGUGAUUCAGGAAAUUGGGUACAACUGCGUGGCGGACAUCUGGUCGUUAGGAAUAACUGCCAUAGAAAUGGCCGAAGGGAAACCCCCUUACGCUGAUAUUCAUCCAAUGAGGGCAAUCUUCAUGAUCCCUACAAACCCUCCCCCCACAUUCCGGAAGCCAGAGCUAUGGUCUGAUAACUUCAUGGAUUUUGUGAAGCAAUGUCUUGUAAAGAGCCCCGAGCAGAGAGCCACAGCCACGCAGCUCCUCCAGCACCCGUUUGUCAAGAGUGCCAAAGGAGUGUCCAUACUGCGGGACUUAAUUAACGAAGCCAUGGAUGUGAAACUGAAGCGCCAGGAAGCCCAGCAGCGGGAGGUGGACCAGGACGACGAGGAGAACUCGGAGGAGGAUGAGCUGGAUUCUGGCACGAUGGUUCGGGCAGCGGGUGACGAGAUGGGCACCGUCCGCGUCGCCCACACCAUGAGUGAUGGCGCCAACACGAUGAUCGAGCACGGAGACACGUUGCCGUCGCAGCUGGGCACCAUGGUGAUCAACUCCGAGGACGAGGAAGAAGAGGGGACUAUGAAGAGAAGGGAUGAGACCAUGCAACCUGCAAAACCUUCUUUCCUCGAAUACUUUGAACAAAAAGAAAAGGAAAAUCAGGUCAACAGUUUUGGCAAGAGUGUACCUGGCCCCUUGAAAAACUCUUCGGAUUGGAAAGUACCACAGGACGGAGACUAUGAGUUUCUGAAGAGUUGGACAGUGGAGGACCUUAAGAAGAGGCUCUCGGCCCUCGACCCCAUGAUGGAGCAGGAGAUUGAAGAGAUCCGACAGAAGUACCAGUCAAAGCGGCAGCCGAUCCUGGAUGCCAUUGAGGCCAAGAAGCGGCGGCAGCAGAACUUCUGAGCCGGGCGGGGCCGGGCCGGGCGCCCCAGGCUCUGUGGACCGGGGCUCGUGUCCUGUGGUCAGCCCGCGCGGCCCGGCCGGGCGCCCCGGGCUCUGCGGACCGGGGCUCGUGUCCCGUGGUCAGCUCGCGUGGCCCGGCUGGGCGCCCCGGUCUCUGCGGACUGGGGCUCGUGUCCUGUGGUCAGCCCACACGCCCACUCUGGCUCCGGUCCGCAGCACCUUCGUGAGCUCAGGAAGCCACCGCCAGCCUGCGCAGCCAGCGCGCACGUGUGAACGGCCAGGUGUCGUCUUUCCUAGGAUUGAUGUUGGCGCUUUCACACUCAGAGUUUUAAACCCCAGGAACAGACUCCCCGUUGGGUGAUAGCUGGGACAGUUUUGCAGUGUCUUUUGAUUUUCUUCUCCCAAUAGCUUUCGAUGGUUCUUUUUGAAAGAUUUUUAAAAAUAUAUAUGAAAAUGCACAUAUAUGUAAAUUAUAACCGGAUCCCCACCCAGCGUGGGGGCGUCUCUGUACAGGUACAGUCCUAAGCAGUUUGCCUCUUUUCUGUGAGAUCAUGGUACUGUGGAACAUGAGCGCUGGAUACAGGAAGCCGCCGGGGUCGCUGGACUCCCCCGAGCGAGUCUCACCCUUUUGCUGGGCUGCAUUUAAAAACUAGGUUUGGGCCCUCUCUGGCACUGUGGUUUCAGCCUCCCGUGCGUCACCCCGGCUUCUGGAGCUACUGGUGAUAGCCAAGAGAAAGCCUUGAGAGUUUGUGUUUACUUUUGAGCCCCAGGAGACGCCUGGUGCCUUCCUUGCAAAGCCUCUGCGAGGUUUCAGGGCCUUCCGUGCGUCGCCACUCCCUAUUGCCUCAAGUCACAGCACAGAUACUGCCCAGUGCCUUAGGAGGAGACGUGAUCCAGGCAGGGGAUGGGCCUACCGGGAGCUCCCAGCAGACACGGAGCUGUGGUCAGUCCACAGAAGGGAAAGCGUUCACGUUCCCAUUGUUUAUGUGACGGUCACACCUGUGGGGUUUGCCCACAUUCCUUACAGAUGGGGUAGAGGAUCACUUCAGUGACCCACAUUCAAGUAUGUGACUUUUUUGUUGUACUGCCAGGGGGUCUGAAAAGGAUACAUGAAUGUCAGCCUCAGGUUGUUCUCCAGGAGACCGAGCCCAGACAUGGAGAAUGCCAGGGCUGGGACAGACCACGGUCCUCAUCUGCCCACUGAGGCUUAAAGGGGGCGCUGCCGCGGCCAGAAUCACAGAGCAUCCAGAGGAAGAGUGGGCUCCUCACCUCGUCCCUGAACCAGCCUCUUCCUUGAGGGAAGAAACUUUGAGUCACACUUUGAGGGUGCUGGUUGAGUUGUUCCAGGGAACCUUCCGAAUGGAAACUUGGUCUUGUUUUGUCUCUGGUGGAUGACAGGUUAUGAAGAAAUUCAUAUGGGGAGCCAGAUGGCUCCGGAUCAGCCUUUCCGUGAGCUCUGCCAUGUCCCCUGGGUAGGUUUAGGGCCUAAACAGGUCAGAGGCUUUGCUGAAGGCAGCGCUAGGCCAUCCCUCUGCAGCGUCAGCUCAAAGCCCCAGGUCAUCUAGUCACACAGCAAGGGUUAGAGAGGCAGUGCAGCUAACUUCAUUUUCUAAUAGUUCUUCCCCUUGGAUAGGGGAACUGUGACUGGCUUAUACCUCAGGAUCCUGUAAUAUGAUUCCAUAUUGCUUUUGUUGCCCAAACCUCGAAUCAGAAGGAAGGCUAGGAAUAGUCCUCCUCUGAGGCCAGAUUCUACUCUAUACAAUUAAAGCAGGCUUCAAAACAUGCAAGAGGCAGGUGUUAGUCUGCAGGGAGUGGCCAUUUGAGCAGCUGUGUGGCAGAUACUGAGGACAGAGAUCAACUUGAGACUCCUGGUAGAGGAAUAGAGGCAGCUGGCAGCCGUCGCUCACACGGGCCAGGUACUGGUGAGGAAGGCUCGUUAGGCAUCAGCUCCCUCCCCACGAUAACCCAGGAAGUUACUUUUUCUCCACUUCAUAGAUAAAGAAGCGGGUUCAGAGAGGGGAAGUUCCCUGGCCAAGGCGACACAGCUGGGGAUGGUGCGGUCGGGAGGCACAGCAUCUCCACACGGGCCCUCAUCUGCAGGGAAAUGAAGUCACCGGUCUUUUUAAAAUGAAGUGGCCGCCUUUUCUUACACAGACUAAAUUAUCUGGCAUUUUUAGACUGGGUAACAGCUGAGUUCAUAAGCAAGCCUGACAGCCAAGGGAAUUUAAAAAAUCCGAGCACCGAGCAGGCAUUCCCCCACGCCAUCUGCUGUGCCGAUGAACACUCCUGCCUCAGUCUCUUUUAAAAAGGACUUUGCGCUUGGCCCGACCAGAGGGAAAUGCCCGUUUUCUCCCUUCCUACAUGAAAGAUACUCCAGCUCUUCCCCAUCGAUACUCCUGGGUCAUGAAUCUUAAGCCAGGGUUUGUUCUGUUUCAAGCAUGUGUGCAGCCCACGUACUGGUCCAGCAAAGGAUCCUGCUUGCUACGCUUGCUGGCCACAGCCCUCUGGCCAGGCCUGUUUCUCACAGAGCUGAUCAGAUGACGGGUGUUUCUGUUUUCUAGUGACAGGAAGGCAGAAACACAUUCUCGACUCCUCAGGCCAAGGUCAUUCAGUGAGCUGUCACUGAACCCGAGCCGCAGUCAGUGCGUGUCAUUCAUUACUCACGAUUCCAGGAGCUCAGCCUCCCACUUGUUCUCUCCUCAGAAAAGAUGAGUGACCCACGCCUAAGUGCAUCUUUCAGAGGUACGGAAACCUGAGGCCGUUCGGUCAGAUUCUCUAGGAAUACCUGAAUUGCUUCCUCGUCAGUAAUUUUGAAGCACAUUUCUAUUUUCUUUUGUCCCUUCUGUCAACCACCGGUUGGAUGGAGGGAUGGAUGUUUGACUUACUGGCUAGAUGCAUGAUUGAUUGGUUGAUAGAACAAAAUAAUACUCUGAAGCAACUCUAGCCUUGACCCUUGAGUCUCUAGAUUCUGAUCCAGGAAACAGUUACCUGGCACCUACAGAUGCCAGAGACAUUAUAUCAUUUGAAAUUCAAUAGCUCUUUCCAACAUUCAGUAGUUAACUUUCCAACAAGUAAGGUGACAUCAUUAUAAGCCCUACUGCUAUUAAAAGGCUAGUCACAAUAUUAAGAACAACCUUGUGCUAAUAAAUUCAGCAACUUAAAAGAAUCGGAGAAAUUCCUUGUAAGAUGCAAAGUACCAAACUUGAGAAAUUGAACAGCCCAUGUCUAGUAAAACACAAUAGACCCGAGAGGGACAGUUAUGGUCCUCAUCUUACAGAGAAGAACAGAACUGACACUCGGAGAAAGUAGGUGUGUUGCUCAAGGUCACGUCGCUAGAAUAUGGCAGAGAACUGUUCAAACCAGGUCUUCAGGUUCCCACCCCAGCGCCCUUCCCAGCACACCGUGUUGCCUCUAGAGACCGCAGAUCCUCCUCUGCUGGGACACUGCCCUGCCCAGUUCACACCUCCCACCCUGCCCCUUCUCAAGCGCGGUGUUUGUGCUUCCAGCAGGUUGAUUCGCAUUGUCUUGGGAAUCCAUGUCCUCGUUUUGUGUUGGGCGGGGGGGAUGUCUCUUCCACCAGCUUGCACUCAGACCAGCUUGGGAGAAAAAAAACGCUUAAAUGCUGUUGCGGAUGUACAGCUUGAAAAUGUGAAAUUUGUAGCUUUAAAAUUUUGUAACAAAAAUGGUAGCACUGGCUUAAGUGCUGACUUGAAAUGCUGUUUUAUAAGGUUUGGAUGUAAAUAAUCAACCGAGAUCAGCAGUUUGUAUAUGUAUGAACAGAGUUUCCCCACUGCCCUCGCCACCUUCAGAAGUUGUUGAAGGCCUCUUGUGUGCUUUUAUGUUAAAAUUGUCAUUCUCCUUUCUUCCUUCUUCCUCCCAUGCCACCUUGUUUUAAAUAAACUGCCCUUUGGGCCAUAAACUAGCCUCUUUGUAAAAAGAAGAGGUCCUCCCUACGUGGCCUGGAUAAUGUGUUGUGAACCCUUGUGACAUUGGUCAAGUGGGUGUUCACUCUGGAAUCCAAAGCUGAAGGGAGGGUGGGAAGGGAGAGUCAACUCUUGUUGAACACCCACUGUGUGCCAGAUACUGACUAGUGGUGAGGGAUGCAAACAAGACCCAGACACGCUUCCUGCAGGUCAGCAGGGGUCUCAGUCAAACCCACCAGCCCUGGAAAUGCAGCAGGUUCAACACUGACUCAUUGGAACUCGAUGAGAAAACUGCAUCCCUGGCAGGUGUUGAAAAAGCACAAGGACAGUGUUUAAUUCUCCAUCAUCUCCACUGAAGUGACAGUUUCUAGGAACCCGUGGAUGACAGUGUCAAGUGAAGACUUGCUGGUCUGUGGUGGAAGGGAGUCUGUGGCCAGUGGACACCAGGUCAGAGAGCCAUGGAACAGUUCUGCUGGGAUUCCAAGGAAGACUUCCUGGAGACAGUAAAAGAUCCUGAACUUGGAAAAUGAGGAAGAGAUGGGCUAGGCAGGAACGGGAGGAAUGAGGGAGAGAGGCCUUCCUGCCUGGAGGCCCCACCUACAUCCACCAGGGCAAGGUAGGAGGCCCGGAUGUAGAUCACCUUGCAAUCCUUUCGCAGGAAGCCACACCAGGCUGGCCCAGCAUUGCCAGGGGACUACCAGAAAUAAUUCCCCAACCUGGCUCUGGGUUCUUCGUCUUAAGCUUAUGCUACAGCACAUGGAGCAGAAUUCCACUGAAAAGUGGAGGUAGGUAUCUCGGGCCCAACUUUGCACCGCAUUUAAUGUAACAGUCCCACCUCCCGUCUGCCUGCCAUGCUGUCCUGCCAGCUUUUCUGGGAGUGAUGUGUCUUCCUGUUGUCUGACUUAGCACCCUGAAAUACCCAGUGAUUCCUUCCUGUGGCUAGCAUUGGUAGCAGCUGUCCCUAAUUCAAAAGGACGGCUAUAGACUCACCUUUACUAAGCUCUUAUUAGGUGUAAGACGCUGCAGAGCCUUUGAGAAGGUUUGUUUUGCUUCCAGACUCUGAGGCACGCAGCGGGUCACCUGUCUAUGGACAGGUGAUUCUCAUCGUGUGCAGUGUGAGAUGGUUUGUUUUGCUUCCAGACUCUGAGGCACGCAGCGGGUCACCUGUCUAUGGACAGGUGAUUCUCAUCGUGUGCAGUGCUGCCCAUGAGGAAGAGUUCUGGAAAUGCACCAGUGUUUUGUUGUGACAAGGAGUACAGGGCCCUUCCAAGCAUUUAAUGGGCAGCAGCUGCCCUGCAGUGCAUGGUGGAAAGUCCUCAUCCAGCUCAACACUCGCGUCCCACUGUAUGUUUGUGUUGGUGAGAAACUUGUUAAAAACACCCAGUAGCAGCCCUCUAUGGUGGUGCAAGGGGACGGCGCAGCACCGUGGAGCUUGGCACAGGUGCUUCAGCGUGAGUUCGAUCCCCUGUUGGGGAGCUGACCCACAUGGCG